CCCGCCCGGCGCUUUCCUUCGCGGAGCGGCCACCGGACCGCGGCCGGGCGAGCUCGCGGGUGCAGGGCGCGGAGCGAUCGACGGCGCGGCCGCGCUGCUCGAACGCCCGCUCGGCCCUGCGGGCCACUCCCGACAGCGCCUCGCUCCGGGCGGCGGGGACCGCGAAGCCCCGCUCUGUCCCUCUCUGUCCCCAUCCUAUUCCCGCUGCGCCCGCUCCGCUCCGCUCCGUCCCCGCUCCGUCCCCGCUCGGUCCGCAGCCGUCCCGGCUCCGUGCUGCUUUGUCCGCCCGGUCCCCGCCGCCCACCCCUGGCGAUGCCGUGCGGUGCCGCCGGGGCGCUGCUCCUGGCCGUGGCCUUGGGGCUCGGGGCGCCCGGGGCGCGCGGCGCGGUGGCCCUGGCCGACUUCUACCCGUUCGGCGCGGAGCACGGCGACGCUGUCACCCCCAAGCAGGACGACGGCGGCUCGGGGCUGCGGCCGCUCUCCGUGCCCUUCCCGUUCUUCGGCGCCGAACACUCCGGACUCUACGUGAACAACAAUGGGAUCAUCUCCUUCCUGAAGGAGGUUUCUCAGUUCACCCCAGUGGCCUUUCCCAUCGCCAAGGACCGCUGUGUGGUGGCGGCCUUCUGGGCGGAUGUGGACAACCGGCGUGCAGGGGAUGUGUACUACCGGGAGGCCACCGACCCAGCCACGCUGCGCAGAGCCACGGACGAUGUCAGACGCUACUUCCCCGAGCUGCCGGACUUCUCUGCCACCUGGGUGUUCAUCGCCACCUGGAACCGCGUGACCUUCUUCGGAGGCAGCUCCUCCUCCCCCGUCAACACGUUCCAGACUGUGCUCAUUACCGACGGCAAGUUCUCUUUCACCAUCUUCAACUACGAGUCCAUCACCUGGACCACAGGCACACACGCCAGCAGCGGGGGUGACGCCUCUGGCCUGGGGGGCAUCGCGGCCCAGGCUGGCUUCAACGCGGGAGAUGGGCGGCGCUACUUCAAUAUCCCAGGCUCGCGCACCUCGGAUAUGGCGGAGGUGGAGACCAGCACCAACGUGGGCGUGCCCGGGCGCUGGGCGUUCAGAAUCGAUGAUGCCCAGGUGCGCGUGGGGGGCUGCGCCCAUGCAACCUCUGUGUGCCUGGCUCUGCGCCCCUGCCUCAACGGUGGGAAGUGCAUUGACGACUGCGUCACGGGCAACCCCUCCUACACCUGCUCCUGCCUCUCCGGCUUCACAGGGAGGAGGUGCCAACUGGACGUGAAUGAGUGUGCUUCCCACCCCUGUCAGAAUGGAGGGACCUGCACACACGGCAUCAACAGCUUCAGCUGCCAGUGCGCAGCUGGCUUCGGGGGACCCACCUGUGAGUCAGCACAAUCUCCAUGUGACACCAAAGGGUGUGUGAAUGGCGGCCGGUGCCAGGUGGUCAGCGGCUCCGCGGUGUGCGAGUGCCCAGUGGGCUACACGGGCAACACCUGUGAGACAGACGUGGACGAAUGCGGCUCCAGCCCCUGCCUGAACGGAGCCUCAUGUGUCGACCUUGUGGGGAACUUCACCUGUCUGUGCACAGGGCCCUUCGAGGGACCACGCUGUGAGGCAGGAAGCCAGCCAGUGCCUGACCCAUGCCUCUCGGCCCCUUGCCAGAACGGGGGCACCUGUGUCGACGCAGAUGAGGGCUAUGUGUGCGAGUGCCCCGAAGGCUUCAUGGGCCUCGACUGCAGGGACAGAACCCCUGAUGACUGUGAGUGCCGAAAUGGCGGCAGAUGUCUCGCGGGCAAUACCACCCUCUGCCAGUGCCCCCUGGGCUUCUUUGGGCUCCUCUGCGAAUUUGAAGUCACAGCCACGCCCUGCAACAUGAACACCCAGUGCCCCGAUGGCGGCUACUGCAUGGAGUACAGCGGGAGCUACCUGUGCGUCUGCCACACUGACCACAACAUCAGCCACUCACUGCCCUCACCCUGUGACUCCGACCCCUGCUUCAACGGAGGCUCCUGUGAGGCCCAGGACGACUCCUACACAUGCGAGUGCCCACGUGGGUUCCAUGGCAGGCACUGUGAGAAAGUCCGGCCACGCCUGUGCAGCUCAGGCCCCUGCCGGAACGGGGGCACCUGCAAGGAAGCAGGCGGCGAGUACCAUUGCAACUGCCCUUACCGCUUCACCGGGAGGCACUGUGAGAUCGGGAAGCCAGACUCAUGCGCCUCCGGCCCCUGUCACAAUGGUGGCACCUGCUUCCACUACAUCGGCAAAUACAAGUGUGACUGUCCCCCAGGCUUCUCUGGGCGGCACUGUGAGAUAGCCCCCUCCCCCUGCUUCCGGAGCCCCUGUGUGAAUGGGGGUACCUGCGAGGACCUGGGCACAGACUUCUCCUGCCGCUGCCAAGCUGGCUACACAGGACGCCGGUGCCAGGCGGAAAUUGACGAGUGCAGAUCCCAGCCAUGCCUGCACGGGGGCUCCUGCCAGGAUCGAGUCGCCGGGUACCUGUGUGUCUGCAGCCCAGGACAUGAAGGAGCCCACUGUGAGCUGGACACAGAUGAGUGCCAGGCGCAGCCCUGCAGAAACGGAGGCUCCUGUAGGGACCUCCCAGGAGCCUUUGUGUGCCAGUGCCCCGCAGGCUUCACUGGAGUCCACUGCGAGACAGAGGUGGAUGCCUGCGACUCCAGCCCCUGCCAGCAUGGAGGCCAGUGCAAGAACGGUGGCGGGGCCUACCUGUGUGUCUGCCCAGAGGGUUUCUUCGGCUAUCACUGUGAGACAGUGAGUGAUCCCUGUUUCUCCAGCCCCUGUGGGGGUCGUGGCUACUGCCUGGCCAGCAAUGGGUCCCACAGCUGUACCUGCAAAGUGGGCUACACAGGCAAGGACUGCGCCAAAGAGCUCUUCCCACCAACGGCCCUCAAGGUGGACCAAGUGGAGGAAAGUGAGGUCACCAUCUCCUGGCACCCACCCGAAGGCCAGGCUGCCAGGCAGAUGCUGGAUGGGUAUGCGGUCACCUACGCCUCCGCUGACGGCUCCUUCCGCCGCACCGACUUCGUGGACCAGAGCCGCUCCUCCCACCAGCUCCGAGCCCUGGGGGCCGGCAGGGCCUACAACAUCUCCAUCUUCUCCGUCAAGCGCCACGCUAACAAUAGGAACGAUAUCAGCAGGCCCCUGGUGCUGCUUACCCGCACGCGCCCCCGCCCUGUCGAAGGCCUUGAGGUCACCAAUGUGACGGCCAGCGCCAUCUCCGUGCGGUGGGCUCUACAUAGGAUACGACAUGCCACUGUCAGCAGUGUCCGUGUGUCCAUCCGCCAUCCUGAGGCCCAAGAGGACCAGUCCACCGAUGUGGACAAAAGUGUGGACACGUUCACGUUCGGUACCCUACUUCCUGGAAGGAGGUACACCGUCCAAGUGACCGCCCUCAGUGGGCUCGGGGCACUGGAGCGCCCUACUGAGAGCAUGGCCUCCGCUCCAUUGCACGUGUGGACCCGGCCUCUGCCGCCAGCAAACCUGACUGCCACCCGAGUCACGGCCACCUCUGCCCAUGUGGUCUGGGAUGCACCCACUCCAGGCACCUCUUUGGAAGCAUACAUCAUCAAUGUGACCACCAGCCAGAGCACCAAGAGCCGCUACGUCCCCAAUGGGAGGCUGGUGUCCUACACGAUACGGGACCUGGUGCCCGGGCGGCGGUACCAGCUCUCAGUGACAGCCGUGCAGAGCACAGAGGGUGACCAGCUGCACAGCGAGCCUGCUCACCUCUACAUCAUCACCUCCCCAAGGGAUGGCGCCAACAGACGCUGGCACCGAGAAGGACUCCCCCCACGGGUGCUCAGAAACAGACCGGUCCCAGCGCGCCUGCCAGAGCUGCGUCUACUCAAUGACCGUGGGGCCCUCGAAAUGCCAACGCAGGCCCCCAGUGACUCUUCCAGCAGGUUCUCGGAGCUCGUAGACGGCAGAGGACGAGUGAGUGCCAAGUUCAGUGGCUCACCUGGCAAGUCGGUCAUGGUGAGAUCACAACCCACAGCUCUGGUGCAACUCGAGGACACCCCUGAGCAGGUCAGCCUGGCCCUGCAGCCCCCCAAACAUGAUGGCGACAAGGACGUGGGAAACACCCCUGGAAACUGUACAGAAAACCCCUGUCAGAACGGAGGCACCUGCGUGCCAGGCGUGGAUGCCCACAGCUGUGACUGCAGCCCAGGGUUCAAGGGCAGGCGCUGUGAGCUCGCCUGUAAAAAGCAGCCCCAGCCCUGCACACGCCUGUUCUCGGAGACAAAGUCCCUGCCAGUCUGGGAAGGAGGUGUCUGUCACCACGUGUAUAAACGAGUCUACAAGGUACACCAGGAUAUCUGCUUCAAAGAGAGCUGUGAGAGCACAAGCAUCAAGAAAACCCCAAGCAGGAAACGAAGUAACAGUGCAACACUGAAAACAGCGUAGGUAUUAGGAUUCUGGACAUUCUUGCUAUAAUCCAUCAACCUCACAAGUUUCUAAAGCCCAGGAAGAUGAGGUCUAAAUUGAAUUGACAAGGACACCCUGAGUGACAGGGUCCUGGCUGGAAUCUGACCCCUCUGUGGCUUCGCUCCUCCGGCUUCUAGAAGACAGAUGGCCAGGCGGGUCCAGCCAGGGAGGUCCUCUAGGACAGACACCUCCUAGUCCCACACUGCCUCCAGCACACGGCUGGAAAUUUCCUCCAGGGUGGCCUGCAUCGCUGACGAGCAGCCAUCUCGUGCAGAGAGCACUGGAUGAGCCUGGCAACAUCCAGAAACUAGUUCCAGAUUCUAAAUCAUAGAAAGAAUUCUCUCUUUGAGACCCCACAGCCAAAUUGAGGAGGAGCUGCCAUGGACAACCUGCAGAGCAGAGGGUGGGGCUGGGAGGCAAGAGGGCAGACUAAUGAGGGGCACAGGGAAGCAGGCUCACCUCCCCAGCAGGCCAUUUACUGAGGGAGGUGAAGGUUAGUGAUCCAUCAACCCACCAGCAGAUUUUGAAAGAGAAAAUGUUCAUACUAAGAUGGGGUUUAGAUACUUAGUCUGCCCUUUUCCCAGAAAGGGUCAGCAGGAAAUAUCUUGGACUUUGUGGACCAGAUGAUUUCUGUGGCAACAACUCAGCCCUGUGCUUGUGCACAAAAACAGCCAUUGACAUGUGCCUAACCCCAUGAGGCUGUUACAAUAAAACUUGAUUUACAAAAUUAGGGGCCACUUCCCCUUGACCAUAUGUGGCUAACCCCACUCAGGCUUCAGCUGAUGCAGAGAAAGCCAUCCCGGACGACAAGUCACAGCUUGGCACCAAAGACCCACCUGAGUGUCAUGGAAGUGCUACACAAACCUGUUUGGGAAGGCACUUGGCGGUAGCCAGGGCUCCUCCUUACGGGUCUGAGUAAUGAAGACAGGCAUCUGGGGCGGGCGAGGCCACAUGAUAUUUAAGAUCCUCUUAACCCACGACUCAGGCAACACAGUGUCAGGCUACCAGGCAGCAAGCACCAUCUCCACACCAAUCAGCUCCCAGCAGAUGCGCAUCAUCGCCACACCACAUUCCAGAGCCUUCUGAACAGCUUUCUUCCCUGCAAGUGAGGCCACUACAGAAGCCAGCCCGCCUUGACCUGCUGGGCGCUUUAAGAGCCAACCCAACUAGAACUAGAGUCCUGGUGCGUCGUCACUGACACUGCCCAAGUCAGUUUUGCAGCCAUAGGAAGCGCUCCUUCCUCUCAUCUUUACAAAACAUUUCUUAAAGAGUUAGAAUAUAUUUUAGAGGAAUUUUUUUUAUUAAAGUUGUGUGUACAUAUG